UUUUCCACAGGCAUCAGAAUGGAAGUUCGUGGUUUUAUCAUUCUCGCAGUCAGUGCCUUGUCAUUAUUUUACAGCGUCUGUGGACAGGUUAUAUCACGUGGUUCGUGUCCAACUCUUCUGGUACAACAUGACUUCAAACUUGAAAACUAUACCGGCUCGUGGAAUGAGAUUGAGAGAUUUCCGGCCGGGUUCGAAUCGGGUCUGAAAUGCCUUAAUGACAAGUACUGGCUGAAACAAGAUGGUGUAAUUGGAAUAAUAGGCAGUUGGAUGGACGCCAAGACUGGUGAACAAGCCUCGAUUGAAAGCGUUGCCCGGGUGCCAGACCCAAACGUGCCUGCUAAGUUGAAAGUGAAAUUGCGAUGGUGGAUGCCAGAAGUCAACUACUGGGUUCUCAUGACUGACUACGAUACUUACUCUAUAGUGUACUCCUGUGACGACUUCAUAUUCGGAUUCUUCAAGAUGGAACUUGCUUGGAUUCUAAGCCGUGAUCGCACCCUAAACACUGGUACCCUGACAGACAUCAAGCGAGAUGUACAAGACCGUGGUAUCGAUAUCAGUAACUUCCAAUCUUCUGACCAAACUGGUUGUGAAGCUAAAGAUAACUCCGUGAAAUAUAAGCCCUUGAACGAGGAUCCGUAUGUCAAAUUCACGUAAAAGCUCAGUAGAUUUCAAAAUGUUGAAGGUAGCAUUUCACAAUAACUUUUUUGACGUCGCUGCUAAGUGGCGCAUUCGAUAGUAUAUGCUAUGACUGCCGUUGAGGGCAGUAUACAAAACAAGAUGCGGUUUAUGCGCUAAUUUGUGGAUAUACCAACCUGAUUUUUUUGAGGGAACAAUUUAACUUUUGAGAAAUUUAUUUAUUUAUGUUUUAGCAAUUCUAUAUUUGAUGUUACAACUUUUCAAUAAAAUAAAGAUUUUCA